CUUGAACUACAGGUUUCACGCUUCUCUCUCUCUCUCUCUCUCUCACUGUAGCUCGAGUGGUGCAAUUGUUCUCUUCCACGGAGGAGAAACUGUCGUUUCUGCACCUCACCGUGCUAAUGAUCCUCCUUCUCCUUCUCCUCUUGCUCUGCUUCUCCUCUCCCCCGGUCAAAGGUGGGAGCUUUACGAGGCUGGGCGUUAACUAUGGCACCCUGGGUGACGACCUCCCCUCCGCCGCCCGUUCCGUUGCCCUCCUCCAGUCUCUUGGCGCCGGCGCCGUGAAGAUCUACGACGCGAACCCGGCCAUCCUCUGCGCCCUUGCCGGCACUGGCCUUCGCGUCUCAAUCAUGGUGCCCAACGAGAUCGUCCCCUCCCUGGGCGCUAACGCUUCGCUCGCCGACGCUUGGGUGGCCGACAACCUCGCGCCCUUCUACCCUGCCGUCCGCGUCCGAUACGUCCUCGUUGGCAACGAGAUCCUUUCCGACGCCUCUCUCGCCAACUCCACCUGGCCCUUCCUCGUCUCCGCCAUGGCCAACAUCCACCGCGCCCUCCGCGCCCGCUCCGUCUGCGACGUGAAGGUCGGCACGACCCUCGCCAUGGACGCCCUCGCGACCGCCUUCCCGCCCUCUGCUGGCGCCUUCCGCGCCGACAUCGCCGGGCCUGUGAUGCGCCCCCUCCUCGACUUCCUCAGCAGGACUCGCUCCUACUACUUCGUCGACGCAUACCCGUACCUCGCCUGGGCCUCGAACCCGUCCUCCAUCCGCCUCGACUACGCCCUCUUCGCCGCCAACUCGUCCUUGAGCUACAUCGAUCCGGGGAGCAACCUGACCUACACCAAUCUGUUGGACCAGAUGUUCGACGCGGUGGUGGCGGCGAUGCGCCGGCUAGGGUUCGGAGGCGUCCCGAUCGCCGUGGCGGAGACGGGUUGGCCGAACGCCGGAGACCUGGACCAGAUCGGGGCUAACGUCCACAAUGCGGCCACCUACAACCGGAACCUCGCCCGGCGGAUGGCGGUGCGGCCGGCGGCGGGGACGCCGGCGCGGCCGGGAGCAGCGAUGCCGGUGUUCGUCUUCUCGCUGUACAACGAGGACCGGAAGCCGGGGCCAGGGACGGAGCGUCACUGGGGCCUGCUGUACCCCGACGGGAAGCAGGUGUACGAGGUGGACCUCAGCGGGCGGCGGCCGUUGGAGUCGUACCCACCGCUUCCGCCGCCGGAGAACGACGUGCCGUACAUGGGGAAGAUCUGGUGCGUGUUAGACGCCGAGGGAAAGGCGGCGGCGAACCCGACGGCGGUGGGGGCGGCGCUGGCGUACGCGUGCGGGCAGGGAACCGGCACGUGCGACGCCAUCCGGCCGGGCGGCCCGUGCCACCAGCCCAACACGCUGGCGACGCACGCGAGCUACGCGUUCAACUCGUACUGGCAACAGUUUCGGCAGGCGGGCGGGACGUGCUACUUCGACGGGCUCGCCGUGCAGACCAAGGCCGACCCGAGUUAUGGAUCUUGCAAAUACCCAAGUUUGACAAAGUAAGGAGAAGGAACACUAUCAACAAGUCAACUAACAUGCAAUUUGCAGUGCAAUAUGCAUUUUGAGGGUCAUAUUUUAUUCUUUCAACCAUUUCAUUUCAAACUAAAUUCCAUCUCAUUUUUCUUUUUUUA